AUGUCAGGAAGAGGAAAGGGAGGUAAAGGUUUGGGCAAAGGAGGCGCCAAGCGUCACCGCAAAGUCCUCCGUGAUAACAUCCAGGGUAUCACUAAGCCCGCCAUCCGCCGCCUGGCUCGCCGCGGUGGAGUCAAGCGUAUCUCCGGCCUCAUCUACGAGGAGACUCGCGGAGUGCUCAAAGUGUUCCUGGAGAACACACAGUGGGUGUGGCAUGGAUGA